UUCUUCUGAAUAUCAGCUCACCUCGCUACUACUAAACUCUUAGAAAAACAAAGAGGAAUGAAGCUACAAUUAUAUAUCUUGCUAGCCACGGCACUUACCAUUGCCACUGUUUCAGUGGUUAUAGCCCAAGUCCCUCCCGAGAAACAAUUCAGAGUCCUCAACGAACCAUCCUACGCCCCAUACAUCAUGGAGUACAAUGCUGAUUACCGUUUCCUCAGUUCAGAGAACCAGAGCUUCUUUACCAACCCUUUCCAGCUCAUGUUUUACAAUACCACCCCUAGCGCCUACGUGUUAGCUCUCCGAGUCGGAACCAGGCGUGACUUGGACUACCCACGUUGGAUCUGGGACGCAAACCGGAACAACCCGGUCGGAGAUAACUCUACUCUCUCGCUCGGGCGCGAUGGAAACCUCGCGCUCGCUGAGUUAGACGGCCAAGUAAAGUGGCAGACCAACACGGCCAACAAAGGCGUCACCGGGUUACAGAUCCUGCCCAACGGAAACAUGGUGCUACACGACAAAAACGGCAAGUUCGUUUGGCAGAGUUUCGACCAUCCGACCGAUACGCUUCUUGUAGGCCAGUCGCUAAGACUUAACGGAGUUAACAAACUCGUCAGUCGUACAUCCGAUAUGGACGGCUCGGAUGGACCGUACAGCAUGGUGCUUAGCAACAAAGGUGAUUUAACCAUGUACGUUAACAAAACUGGACAGCCGUUAGCUUACGGUGGAUGGCCGUACGAGGACUACCGCGGCACGGUCACGUUCGCCGUUAGAAGAGAGUUCGAUAACUUAACGGAGCCGUCAGCUUACGAGCUCCUCCUAGAGCCAGCUCCACAACCAAACCCUGGUAAUAACCGCAGGUUACUCCAAUCCCGGCCCUCAGAUAUCCUAAGCAAAAUUAACUACAACGGAACUAUCUCGUAUCUAAGACUCGGUUCAGACGGGAGCCUCAAGGCCUUCUCCUACUUUCAGCCGGCUACGUAUAUGGAAUGGGAAGAGAGUUUUGCCUUCUUCUCCAGGAACUUCGUCCGUCCAUGUGGCUUGCCGUCGUUCUGCGGCGAGUUUGGGUAUUGCAGCCGAGGAAUGUGCGUUGGGUGCCCUACACCGAAAGGUUUGUUCGCUUGGAGCGAGACAUGCUCGGCACCAAAAACGACUGGGUUUUGCGGCGGGAGAAACAAGGGUAAAACGGUAAACUAUUUUAAAAUAGUCAGUGUUGAGCACUUUAAUGGUCCGUAUGUUAACGAUGGACAAGGGCCAGCUUCUGUAAACGAAUGCAAGGCGAAAUGCGAUCGUGAUUGCAAGUGUUUGGGUUACUUUUACAAGGAGAAGGACAAGAAAUGUUUGGUCGCUCCUCUUCUUGGUACGCUCAUUAAAGUCGCCAACACCUCUUCUAUUGCUUAUAUCAAAUAUUAGUUUGUUCUCAGCGUUGUUAAUUCACCAAGAACAACGUGAGUUUGUAAUAUUUCACCGUUUAAUGAUGUGCAAGUUUUCUUUUUAAGCAUUUGGUUAUAUUUACCAUCUGUACUUAUUCCAUCGAUAAUCAGAGUUUUUAAUUACUCAAGUUAAUAUGAACUAUUUGUUUCUUCUUA